CGCCCCGGGGUCUCUUUCCCCCUUCCUCCUCCUCCUCCUCCACCCCCCCCUUCCUCCUCCGCCCGCCCGCGGGGCCCCCCUCGCCUUCCCGCCCGCCCCUAUUGUUCCGCCCCCGGCCUCCCGCCCUUCCCCUUCCCGCCCGCUCCCCUUUUCCCCUCAGUCGCCUCGCGCCUGCAGUUUUUGACUUUCACCCCCACCAGUGACCAAAGACUUGACCACUCAAAGUCCAGCUCCUCAGAACACUGCUCGACAUGGACACCGGUGUGAUUGAAGGUGGAUUAAAUGUCACUCUCACCAUCCGGCUACUUAUGCAUGGAAAGGAAGUUGGCAGUAUCAUCGGGAAGAAAGGAGAAUCAGUUAAGAAGAUGCGUGAGGAGAGUGGUGCACGUAUCAACAUCUCAGAAGGGAAUUGUCCUGAGAGGAUUAUCACUUUGGCUGGACCCACUAAUGCCAUCUUCAAAGCCUUUGCUAUGAUCAUUGACAAACUGGAAGAGGACAUCAGCAGCUCUAUGACCAAUAGCACAGCUGCCAGUAGACCCCCAGUCACUCUGAGGCUGGUGGUCCCUGCUAGUCAGUGUGGCUCUCUCAUUGGGAAAGGUGGUUGCAAGAUCAAGGAAAUACGUGAGAGUACAGGGGCUCAGGUCCAGGUGGCAGGGGAUAUGCUCCCCAACUCAACUGAGCGGGCCAUCACUAUUGCUGGCAUUCCGCAGUCCAUCAUUGAGUGUGUGAAACAGAUCUGCGUGGUCAUGUUGGAGACUCUCUCCCAGUCCCCCCCGAAGGGCGUGACCAUCCCGUACCGGCCCAAGCCGUCCAGUUCUCCAGUCAUCUUUGCAGGUGGUCAGGACAGGUACAGCACAGGCAGCGACAGUGCGAGCUUUCCCCACACCACCCCGUCCAUGUGCCUCAACCCUGACCUGGAGGGACCACCUCUAGAGGCCUAUACCAUUCAAGGACAGUAUGCCAUUCCACAGCCAGAUUUGACCAAGCUGCACCAGUUGGCAAUGCAACAGUCUCAUUUUCCCAUGACGCAUGGCAACACCGGAUUCAGUGGCAUUGAAUCCAGCUCUCCAGAGGUGAAAGGCUAUUGGGCAGGUUUGGAUGCAUCUGCUCAGACUACUUCUCAUGAACUCACCAUUCCAAACGAUUUGAUUGGCUGCAUAAUCGGGCGUCAAGGCGCCAAAAUCAAUGAGAUCCGUCAGAUGUCUGGGGCGCAGAUCAAAAUUGCGAACCCAGUGGAAGGAUCUACUGAUAGGCAGGUUACCAUCACUGGAUCUGCUGCCAGCAUUAGCCUGGCUCAAUAUCUAAUCAAUGUCAGGCUUUCCUCGGAGACGGGUGGCAUGGGGAGCAGCUAGAACAAUGCAGAUUCAUCCAUAAUCCCUUUCUGCUGUUCACCACCACCCAUGAUCCAUCUGUGUAGUUUCUGAACAGUCAGCGAUUCCAGGUUUUAAAUAGUUUGUAAAUUUUCAGUUUCUACACACUUUAUCCACUCGUGAUUUUUUAAUUAAAGCGUUUUAAUUCCUU